AUGGCUUCAACUGCUCCAUCACCAGAUCCCAGUUUGGAUGCUGAAUGGGAGGAAUGGAAAAUGAAAUAUGAAAAAACCUAUUGCCAGGAUGAAGAAAAAUACAGAAGGACCUUGUGGGAGGAGGAGAAGAAGAAGAUUGAUGAACACAAUGCCGAGUAUGGGCAAGACCAGACCGGCAUCUAUGCAAGCCUGAAUGAAUUUAGCGACAUGACCUAUGAAGAAUUCAGGAAAGUUUGCUGUGGAAACUUAAUGUGGGCAGAAGAAGACCUGGAUUGUGAUAAGCAUGAAUAUAAGGAUUUGACAAAGGACAACAAUGUAACAGCUGAGAAGGAUCAGAAUAAAGCAAUCUAUGUGCAUUGCCUCAGGAGCCCUCUGCUUCAAGAAGUGACCCGCGUGAUGGUGACAAGGCUGAACAAGGGAAAAAUAGAAGAAGAAACAGCAGGGGGCCUCUCCAGUACAGAGGCUAGCCUGGGCUGUGUGGAUUCCAACUCUGAAAACUUUUAA